ACACGGAAGAAACCCGAUAAAUCAGCAGCGGAGGACAGAGGGAACGUCUUAUAAAGUGCUUCUCCUCCACCCAUGGUUGGUGUUAAGCGAUGCUCCAGAGAAGAUGGGCCAGGCUUUGUGUAUCUGCUCUCGCAGUGCCAUCACCAUUGACAACAAGAGAUACUACUUCAUUCAGAAACUAGAAGAAGGUGGUUUCAGCUAUGUGGACCUGGUAGAAGGUGCGCAUGAUGGCCGUUUCUAUGCUCUGAAGCGGAUCCUCUGCCAUGACCGUGAGGCCCGUAAGGAGGCUCAGACUGAGGUGGAGAUGCAUCGGCUCUUUAACCACCCGAACGUCCUCAGCCUGACCGCACACACCUUCAUGGAGCGUAGCGGCAAGUGUGAAGCCUGGCUGCUGCUCCCCUACAUCAGUAAGGGGAGCGUGUGGUCUGUUCUGGAAAAGCUGCGGGAUAAGGGAAGCUUUAUGCCUGAGAGCCGAAUCUUACACAUUCUGCAUGGCAUCUGUGAAGGACUUAAAGCAAUUCAUGACAAAGGCUAUGCACACAGAGAUCUGAAACCCACCAAUGUUUUGCUGGAUGAAAAUGAUCGUCCUUUUUUAAUGGACCUGGGCUCCAUGAACAAAGCCAGGAUUGAGGUCCGGGGGUCACGGGAGGCCAUGACAGUCCAGGAUUGGGCAGCUCAGAGAUGCACCAUUUCUUAUAGAGCGCCAGAGCUUUUUAAUGUGGAGAGUCACUGUAUUAUUGACGAGAGAACAGACAUUUGGUCUCUAGGUUGUGUCCUGUACUGUAUGAUGAUGCUGGAGGGACCGUAUGAUUUGAUAUUUCAGAAGGGUGACAGUGUGGCUCUCGCUGUGCAGAAUCCAGUCUCCAUCCCACAGCCGUGCAGUUAUUCUCCAGAACUUCAAACGCUGCUCAGCUCCACUAUGGUGACCAAUCCUCAGGAAAGGCCCAGAAUCGGCUGGGUCAUCGAUCAGAUCCAAAGCCUGAGGGGCUCAGACGGUACAGAUAUCGACACAAACAGAGUAUGAUGAUUCUUCUGGGACGUCCCGUCUGUUUUCAGCGGACUUUGGACAUUUUGGACUAUGCACUCUCUAUUUUGGACAAAAAUAACUCGAUGAACUUAUAAGCCUUGCAAACAUUUGCUCUCCAUUUCCUCAGUGAGCUCAGCACACCAUUAACACACACCGUCUCAUUUUUCAUCCUAAAGUCAAUUGAAUUAUGAUGGUUUUGUGGGUCAGAUUUGAGCAGUGGUCCUGUAAUAUUCACAAUAAUAUCACACAAACCACAUUGGAGAGUGCAAUAGUUUUGUUCACAAAUGUUACGUAUCAUCAAACAGUUUUUUUCUGAUUAUAAUACUUUUUGUUUUACCUUUAUUAGCUUGUGCAUUUUAAAGAACCAAAAAUGAUUAUUUAUAAUGGUCUCAAUUGAUGUUUUAAGUGUAACUGACAGAAGUUUAUUAUUAUUUGGAGACACUUCACAAUAAGGUCUUUUUUUACCAUUAGUUAAUGAGUUAAAUGACUGAUAGAUAUCAGCUUAGUUCAUAAAUAAUACAGUUGUUCAUUACUUAUGGUGCAUUAAAAGGGGCAGUUCACCCAGAAAUUUUAAUUUGCUGUUUUCUUCACCCUCAUACAGUUUGAAAUGUAGGUUAUUUGUUUUGUUUAGCAUUAUAUUUACAUGCUUUUAUUUAUGCCUUUUAGCUGUUUGAUUUGUUGAUUUAUAAAAUAAAAGUCAUCACUUUGAGAGUCAAUAAACAAAUACAAGAAUAACUAAAUAAUAUUUGUUGUUCCUGGCAAUACAAUAUGACCUAUGAAGCAAGACCUGUCCAAGAAACUGAACAUUUUAUUCAACAAAUGAACUCAAAAUGUCAUCCAGAGACUCUGGUAUUAAUGUGGCAUAUGCACAGCUAGUGUUUUUCAGCUUCCGGUGAAAGCUUAAUGUGACUAUUUUCAAUUUCAUAAGGUUCCUUUUCCAGCAUCGAUGUUGUAAUGUAAUUACAAUACAUUCAGUUAAAUAGACUUAAGCAUUCAUGUAGUUGUUCGAGCGUAAAACAAGAUGAAAGACUGUAAGGCUAGCACCGUCAGGAUCAGCAGACUAUCGCAGAUACUCCAUUGAAAAUACUGGGGUAAAUAAACUGUCAUAUUUUAAAUACAUGGUGGGGGAAAUUUAAUGCAGUGCUUCUUGUCCUGUCUGAGACCCACUUUAUAUUGUAUAUCUAUCAGGCAGGGAUUUUUAAAGAAAUCAGACCUUAAACAUGGCAAUUUUGGCAAGACAGUUCACCAGAAGCGCUGAGGCUUGCUGGCUGAAAUGAAAAGUUUGUGUUCAUAUACCCCAUUUUGCUUUUACUGUAUACUAUUUUUUGACUCUCAGAAUGCCCAUGGUUAUUAAAAACCAUAGUUUCAGCUUCUUUAAUGUUACACUGAAUGCAUAUCUUACAUCUUGAAUGGUUUAAGUAGCCUAUAACAGCACAUUUUCAUUUUUGGUUGAACUGUGAUUUCAGAAGUGCAUAAAUGAAGACGUAUUGUUCAUCGUAGAUCUUAUUUUCACGUGAUUAUCUAAACAAUAAAACAAGACACAAGGUUUUUGUGGACAGAAAAUUACGGACGUUUUCUUAAAAAGGUCCACAGUUAAAGCUGUUACUUCCUUUUGUCUUCAUAUGUGAAACACAACCAACAAUUGUCAUUUGUUAAUGAAUUCAUAAGUACAUUGUAAGAUUGUAAAAUGGUUCUGCUCAUGUUUAUUGAAGUCUGAAAAGUUUUGUGGUAAAUGAUGUUGUGUAAGCUUAGUAUUCCUAACAGAUUAUUGCCAUCUAACGUUAAUUUACAAGAGGAAUGUGCUCACUUUUGUCAUUUUAAGAGGUGCAAAUGGGUGCGUAAAUACCCUUUAACAAGUUUCUUUCAUUGCUUACAGCAGUGUUUCUCAACCACUUUCCUGGAGGACCACCAACGUUGCAUGUUUUUGAACGUCUCCUUUGUCUGGCACACCCAUUACAGGUCUUUCAGUCUCUGCUAAUGGGCUGAUUAUCUGAAUCAGGUGUGUUUGGUUGAGGAGACAUGGAAAAUAUGCAGAGCUGCUGGUCCUCAAGGAACGUGAUUGAGAAACACUGGCUUACAGUAUUAGGAUGUCAUUAAGAGGAAUUGUAAUAAGCAUUGGUUUUCAUUGAGCUAAAAAUCUAUAUGAAGAUAGUUUCUGGAUUUUUUUUUUAAUGUUUUAUACUGUUAUAUUUGUCUAAUAAGGCUUGGUUAGUGAGGAUGAAUCUCAUGGAAACACAUCUUGGUCACAUUUUUUAAGCUUUCAACAUCAACAUAAAUUAAUAGAAAGUAAUAAAUUAUGUAUAGCAUGUAUUCAGUACUGUUGAAUUUUAUUGCAUUUUGUUUUUUGUCAUUGGGGCAUUAUGUUCGCCUCGACAUGUUCUCAUGAGAUAUCAUACAUCACAUGCUUUUUCAUAACUCAGGACAAAAAUAACUGAAGCAUUCCAUAUUUAUCAACAUUUUAAAUUUACCUGUAAGUAAGGACCUGAAUGUUUUCAUGCUUUUAGUUCGUUUGUUUUGAUCUGAUUACAUUGACAUUUACUUUUCUCAGAUUUUGGUGUUUAAAAAGGUCAUCUGAACUUGCACACGAAGUUCUCUCCGAGUUUUGUUUAUGUUCAGGAAUUAUUAUGCGAGACUCUUAAUUUAUAGCAUAAAAGACCGGAGACUUUUAACUUGGCAUUCAUGUAUUCAGGAAUUUUGAUUUGUUUCUUUUAAAAACCGAAUAAAGUGUGAACAGUCGACAAA